CAUUUUUUUAGCAAAGUAGUUAAAUAAUAGUUACACCUUUCUGGCAUUGAGGCACUCUAUACUAGGUGAAAUGGAAAACAAAGCAAAAAUCAAGGAUUUAAUUUCAAAAAAGGAUAAUAUUGAAGAAGAAAUCAAACAAAUGUAUGAUGUUUUGGCUUCUCAGGGAAAUGUAGGAAUGACUGAGCCCUUGGUAGACUCGGAAGGCUUUCCCAGAAAUGACAUUGAUGUGUAUCAAGUACGUAUAAGUCGAAAUAAAAUUUCAUGCUUGCAAAAUGACCACAAAAACUUAAUGAAACAAAUUGAAGAAGAAUUAUAUAGCUUGCACUCUAAAAACAAACCAGAGGCGGCAGACUCAUCAUCUGAUGUACCAAUGGUUGAUGUAACGAUAACAAAUACAUCUUCAGCCUUUGCUUCUAUUAAUCUCGUUUCCAGUGGUUCUCCUGCUGAUGUCGCUGGACUCAGAGUAGGUGAUGAAUUAAUUCAAUUUGGAUCAGUAAAUGAAACAAAUUUUCAAAAUCUACAAUCAAUUGCAACAGUGGUUCAACACAGCGAAGGAAAAAAUGUUGAAGUGAAAAUUAAGCGGGAGGGAAAUAUACAAAGACUUAUGCUCACACCAAAGAAAUGGAGCGGGAGAGGUUUAUUGGGAUGUAACAUUGUUCCUAUUUAAAGCUGACUCUUUGUAGUCUGCCCAAACCUUUGUUGAAAGGUUUGACAAAUAAAAAUGUUGCAGAUUGUAAAAGAAGUUUAAAGUAACAUUCCUAACACUGUACUGGUGUUCAUGAAGUCCAGUGGUAAAUUAGGUAAAAAAAAAUUGAUUUGUUUUGUUCCACCAAUUAUUAAUGGUGUUCAAUUCAUGUAAGAGUGUAUUGGAUGAGGUAAAUAUCAAACGAACACUGGUUAAAAUGAAAUAAACCUGGUUAUUACCGGUAAGUAAAUUAUAUUGAGAACUGGCUUCCUAAAAAAUAUGUUGAUUGUAUCAAAACUUCAUGAACACCCCGAUAUGGAUGAAUUUUAAAGAUAAAAAUGUUCUACCUAAUGCUCAAUCAUCAAUCUGUAGCUUGCAUUGUGUGAUCUGAUAACCAGGUGAUUAUGGCAAAACCACGAAAUUGUGAACACUUUUCCCCACUUCAUCUACUAAUAAUUGAAAUCUUGUCAUGAGAGCUUAAAAGGUAGAGACUUUGUUAUAAUGCCAUCCUGCUUUUUUUGCUAAUCUGGUUUAUUAGUCUUGAAUUGAUUAUUUAUUAGGCUUGGUAAUUGGAAAUAUUGGAUUGCAAACUGUUUUUUAUGGCUAAGAUUUGAAAUGAUUAAUUGAGUGAUUAUUAAGAUCUUAAUAAUAUGGCAAUUGACGACAACAGUUGUGAAGAUUUGUUAAGCUCCGAUGAAAAUAUUCACCGUAAUAAUUGAUUAAAUAUGUACCGUCAUGGGAUCAUCAUUUCUGAUUUCAAUCAUCAUUUGGGAAAUUGUGUUCCUGUGCAAUGUAUCAAUUCAUAUUUCUACAUUAUUAGCAAGUAAAUGCUGAUUCGUAAAAUGGGGUGGGAGUUGAAAUAAUCGAACUUCUUCAAAGGCUGCUUUCAAUAUUUGUUUUUUUCCUUUGAUAUUUUUGUUUUAUUGUUCAUUUCAUAUUGUUUUCUUCUUGUUAGGUUUUAUACAUAUUAUGUAAUACCAAGCAUUUAUUUCUCCUUGCAUAAUGAUCAGGGGCAAGAAACCUACAGUGGAUUCUUAUACCUCAUAUUACUGGCUAUUGUAACGCUUGAGUUUAUGAGUUGUUCAGAAUGAUUUCCACCGCUAAAUUAACCUGGGAUUAGUUUGUGUUUAUAUCUAUUUUUAUUUUGUUUUGUUGGCUUAUUCUUCCAGUCAGUUGAAUUAACCUUAUGAAUAUGACUAAAAUUUUUGUCUCACUGUGGUUUAGUACCGGUACUCUUUUAACAUUAUGAGCCGGACAUGUUGUGUUACUUGUGUCUGUCCAUAUUAUUGCCAAUCGUCAUUCAUCAAAAUACAAUCUGAACUUGAAUUGAUAUGCCAGCUGGAACAUUUUUGACGUUUUUUCCAAGACUUUAUUUUUAAAUUAAUUUUCUGACA